UCCUUCAAACACUGCAUUUUACUUUCAUCUUUUUCCUUCGGCAGUUGAGAGACAUGGCUGAACAAAUCCCCUAUGGUGUUGCCACUUCACUCAUCAACAAGAUUGCUUCACUUGCCUUUCGUGAAAUCGGGAGGAUCUAUGGAGUCAUGGAUGACCUUGAGAAGCUGAAGGACACUUUGGAAUCCAUCAAACUCGUGCUUUCUGAUGCUGAGCUCAAACAAGGCCAGAAUGCUACUGUUGCCCACUGGAUCAAAAGGUUCAAACAAGUGCUCUAUGAUGCUGAUGACUUGCUUGAUGACGUCUUCAUCAAAGACUUGCGCCGCAAAAGAAUGACUCAGGUGCGUGCCUUCUUUUCCAAAUCUGUGAAUCCAAUUCUUUUCCGUGCUAAGUUAGCUCGUAAGAUCGAGAAUAUUCGAAAGGAGUUUAAUAAUGUUGCUGAAGAGAUGUCUAAGUUGAACCUGAGUCAGAGUUCGGUAAUUCUUAAGCAAGAUGAGUGUGCCUGGAGGGAAACAAGUUCUUCCGUUUUGCAAUCAGAGAUAAUUGGAAGGGAAGAGAAUAAGAAUGAAAUUGUUAACCUGCUGAAGCAAACUCAUCCGAACCAAAAUGUUUCUUUAAUUGUUGUUGUUGGUAUGGGGGGUUUAGGCAAGACAGCCCUUGCUCAGCUCGUGUACAAUGCUGCUAAAGACCAGAACCUCUUUCAGAAAUACAUGUGGGUGUGUGUUUCAGAAGAUUUCACUGUGAGAACUGUUUUGAAGAAGAUGCUGGAGUCCUUGGAGAAGCAUGCUGGUGGUGACUCAAUAGAGGCCCUACAACAGAAGUUGCGAGAAGCAUUGAAUGGGCAAAAUUAUAUGCUUGUGCUUGAUGACGUGUGGAAUGAAGAUCAUUCAAAAUGGAGUGAUUUAAGAACUCAUUUGAUGUGCGGAGGUCAAGGCAGUAAGCUAUUAGUAACGACUCGUAGUACAUUGGUUUCUCAAGUAAUGGGUAUUGACGAGCCGUAUGUUUUGAGAGGUUUGACAGAUGAGCAAUCAUGGACAUUGCUAAAGAACCUGACAUUUGGUGAAGAUACCAGCAGAAUGAGCUCUGAAUUGCAAACAAUCGGAGAGGAAAUCGCAAAGAAGUGUAGAGGAGUGCCCUUGGCGAUCAAAACAAUAGGAGGCUUCUUAAGGAUAAGGAUUGAAGAAAUUGAUCAAUGGUCAAGUCUUUUGCAUGGUGAUUUUUGGAGGUUAUGUGAAGAAGAAAAGAGUAUCAUGCCAGUGCUAAAUUUGAGUUACCAAAACUUGCGUCCUGUACUAAGACAAUGUUUUGCUUUUUGUUGUCUAUAUCCAAAGGAUUCAGUAAUAAAAAAGGAUGAAUUGAUUCAAUUGUGGAUGGCUCAAGGUUAUCUUGCAAGUCCAAUUGAAACACAAUCUACGGCAGAUAUAGGUAAUCAAUAUGUCAAGAUUUUGUUAAUGAGAUCAUUUUUCCAAGAUGCAUCAACAGAUAAAUGUGGUCAUAUUGAGUUCUUUAAAAUGCAUGAUUUGAUGCAUGAUCUUGCAAUGUUGGUCGCUGGAAAUGAUUGUCACUUACAUACCGAGGGAAAAGGAAUUGUUGGAAGACCCAUGCACGUAGCAUUUGAAACCAGCACCGAUUGUUCAUUGGAUGUGUUUGAUGUUAGCAAAUUACGGACAAUCAUCAAUUGCAAGAUUGCUACCAAUUUAGUGGCCAAACUAUCUUUUAUGGAAAAACUGAAGUGCCUUCGUGCUUUGAGUUUGUCAUUUCAUUCUAUGACUCAGCUACCAAUGUCCAUUGAUAAAGUCAAACAUUUAAGAUAUCUUGAUCUUUCAUACUCUCAAAGUCUAAGAAGUUUGCCUGAAUCGAUUGGCAAUCUUGUUUGUUUGCAAACAUUAAAACUUAAAGGUUGUAAAUCCUUACUCAGUUUACCUGAAUCGAUUGGCAAUCUUGUUUGUUUGCAAACAUUAGAAGUAAAAGGUUGUGGAUCUUUACUUAGUUUUCCUGAAUCGAUUGGCAAUCUUGUUUGUUUGCAAACAUUAAAAGUAAAAGGUUGUGGAUCAUUAGUUAGUUUGCCAGAGUCAGUUGGCAAUCUUAUUUGUUUACAGUCAUUGAAAUUAAAUGAAUGUAAGCAACUUGUUUUUCCAACAAAAAUUAUUACAAAAUUGAUCAAUUUGAAGAAGCUCGACAUUGAAUUUUGUAAAGCCUUUAAAGACGGCAUGCCAGUGGGAUUGGGGAAAUUGAUUUCAUUGCAAUACUUAUCAAGAUUUGUAGUAGGGAAUAACAAAAAAGAUAAAAGUGGCAAAUUGAAUGAACUGAAAGAGCUUGUUGACCUCAGAGGCAAAUUGACCAUUAGUAAUUUGCAUUUGGUAAAGGAUGCGGCAUCCGAAUCUCAAGAGACAAAUAUGAGAUCAAAGAAACACAUCCAAGACCUUUCUCUGUUAUGGGGGCCAAGCUCUUCUGAGUUAUGGGGGCUAAGCUCUUCUCUGUUAUGGGGGCAAAGCUCUGAUUCUAGUGAAUAUGAAAUAAGAAAGAGUGAGAGCUUGGUGUUAUUGGAUAAGCUUUGUCCCCAUCAAAAUCUGAGAUCACUACAUGUAUUUGGCUUUCCAGGAGUGAGGUUUUCUGAUUGGCUUAUCUCGCUAAUUCAUGUUGUUCGCAUAUCUCUCUUGGAUCUUCCCAAUUGCAAACAUCUCCCACCUUUGGAGAGACUGCCUUGUCUUCGUGAGCUCGAGGUUGCGUAUAUGGAAUCGCUGGAGUGGAUGGAUUAUUAUGAAAAUAUUGGUGAUGUGUUCUUCCCAUCUUUGGAGAAACUCAAAAUCUCUUUCUGUAGGAACCUGAGAGGAUGGGAGAUGUUAGGGGAUGAUAAGAAUGCAAAUGAGACUCAAAACCAUCUUUCUCUACCUCCUUUUCCCCGUCUCUCUUAUCUCGAAAUUGAUACUUGUCCAAACUUGACCUGCAUGCCUUCUUUCCCACACCUCGUUGAGUUGGAGUUAGGAGGGAGUAGUAGCGUGAAGCCGAUGUUGGAAACAUGUAUGGUUAAGCAUGACUCUUCAUCCAUCUCCCCUCUCUCUCAUCUCAAGCACUUGAAGCUUUGGGGAGUUACAGAGAUGGAAGCAAUGGCAGAGGACUGGAUGAAAAACCUCACAUCGCUCCAGAGUCUCCACCUUCGUGGAUCGUCAGCCAUUCAGAUUCUGUCAGGACACUUGCAAUAUCUUCCUUCUCAACUUGAAAUAUUGGAUAUAAGUUUCGAUGACGACAAGGUUGACCUCUGGAAAGACACACAAGGUCGUGGUCCUCCUCAUGCGCUCUCUUCUCUGCAGACAAUCUUCUUCUUCGAAUGUAGGAACAUGAAGGCUUUACCAGAGCAGAUUGGCAACCUCCAAUCACUAAGGGAUUUAGAUAUUAUCUCUUGCCCUAAAUUAGCAUUGGAUGAAGCUUGCCUUACCAACAUACACAGACUAACGAUCUAUGAUUGUCCAAUCCUAAAGCGCAAAUACGACCCUGAUAGUGGAGAAGAUCGGGCCAAGAUAGCUCACAUCCCUGACAUACGCAUAAGAUGAGAUUGAUCCCCUCAAAAGGGGAUUCUUGCAAAUCAUUUUCUUCUUGCCAUACUUUCAAAUUUCAAUAGGCCCAUGCCUGCUGCUUCAACAUGGAUGGUUCAAUGGGAAGAUACAAAUUUUUGGUCUCAUCGUUCUAUUUUGCAAAAUGUUGAAUCCUCAAGAUGGUCAAAUUCUGACCCAGUUCCUCCUUUGGGUACAACACUGAUUAAAGUAGCAUGCAAAGGAAGUUACAUUCAGGUACCAGCCAAUUACCAUUAGCUUCAAACUUAUUUAGGUUAGCACAUGAGAUGGAGUGUUUUGUUUACAACAAAUCGUGUAUGUAAAUGCAUAGGCAUGGCUUAUCCUUCAAAUUUCAGUUGUGGCAUCUAAAAGUAGCUAUGGAAAAAGGAGAGGAUUCCAACUUAGAAAAUAGAAAGCUGUUCUUAUGAUGAAUAUUUACAUCAAGAUUAUUUCUAGAAGAAGUAUAAGAGAUGGAUUAAGAGAAAUGUUGUUGGUAUUGAACUACUUGAUCUGCUUCUGGUGUGGAAUACCUCUGAUGUCAUCACCUCUCUUAAUUUAGUUGGAGCUCCCUUCCAGUCUUUGCAAUAUUUGCCGAGAAAGAAAAAGUUCUUAGAAGAUUAUUAGGUUUGGAUUCUCAUAUUGCCUCUUCAUUUUCCUUGUUUUUAAUUAAAUUUGCCAUUCAAGCACGAGCAUUAUCUGGCUUCAUGUGAUAACGAUUACGUGACUAGUUGAAUCCGUAUAUGGUUUUGUGGCAUCUCCCCCUCCUGAUGGCCAUGCCGAAGGGAGCGGGUAGAGUUGCUGGGUAGGUUAUUUCAAGGCACAGCGGAGAUUGCUUUAUUUCUUGCUUCAUGUGAAAGAUUUUCCUGAAUUUGAUUUCAGGUGGGUGAUUAUGUAAUAUGGGUUGUGGCUGUUAGAGUCGCAACAUGGUAAUAGGAGGUUGGGUAUGAAUUGGCAUGUGUGUUCAUUGAGAUAAGCUUAUUGUACGGGAAUUUAUUGUUCAAACUUCCCAUUCUUGUGUAUGUUGUUCUGUGAUCUGUGAUGUGAUAUCAUAAACUUUGAUGUAUCACCUGCUGUGUUUCCCUCUUGUUUUGGAAGCACACUUUAUCUAUAUCUAAAACGAGGAUUAUCACAAUUCGAAGCUCUAUUAGUACUACUCUUAUUGUAACAUACACUCAUUUUCAUUGAAUGAAUUUAAUAGUUCCUGAUAUCUAUUUGUACUAAACAAUUAAUUGUGCCUUGUGUUAAACG